AUGUCUGACUCGGUAACUACCGUCACGUCGCCUGAGCUGCGCGCGAGCCUGCAGGUGUCCAGUCUGACGCUGCUGGUGCUCGCGCUCGUUCCCUGCGUCAUCCUGUUGCUGCUGUUAAACUGUCUGUUGCUGGGAUACAAACUGCUUGUGUGCACGAGGAGAAAGCGCGCGCGCUACGGUUCUCAGAACGUGCUCCUGCAUUCCUCACCGCAGCGAACCCGUCAGAGACUCGCCCGCUUCACCAGCGACCCGGGAUGGAAAACGAAAUACGUGUCCGUUUCAGAGCCGAUGUUGGCGCCACCAAUCACGUCGUCCCUGACGUCAUCUGCAGAGAGGAGGGCCGCGUGCGGUCAGCGCUGCAGGUCAGAGGCUCUCACGCGACCGGAAGCGGCUACCUGUGCUGGCUCAGGAUCGCCGCGGCCGCGCGUGCCAAACAUGCCGCUGAGCGCGUACGGCUCGCGCGCUUGGCGAAGGAGUGCUCCGGUACUUUUACAGUCCAGUGAGUCGGAAACGGAGCGCGAGAAUGUCGCGCCACCGAAUUCUCCAGAGCAGCUCGUGACUCCGAGCACGCACAGUUCAUUACCUGUCAUGAUGCACAGGAGUAGCACUGUAGAGCUGGAGCUGGUCUCUCUCAAUAAGGUCCACGUGGAAGAAGAACUCGUCAGCAGCAUCCCACAAGAGACCUCGUGCUUCAUUGCGUCUGUGAGCUCCUCAGCUGCCGGGCCUGGCCUGGACAGUGACUUCGGUGCCAGUGCAGGUGUGUCUUUGCGCAUCCUCUCGGCGGACAGUGACGGUUUUCCAGGGACGACUUGGGUAUCUGGUCUUGAAUGGGAUUAUUACGACCCUAGUUACGUCACACAGAACCACGUUCCCAAACACAGACACCACACAACUCCCAUCACAACCAAACAGUACUGGGUCUAACAUGCAUCGCUCUCAAGAUCAGAACAGAAGAACUCUAUACAAUUUUAAGCUCUGAUGCACAAACCCCCAACACCUUAUCCACGUGUACUCACGCAGUUCGCGUUCCUGCACUGUGAUUUUUUUUUGUUUGUUUGUUUGUUUACGAGAAUCACCGACUUGUUCAUGUGUUUAAUCACAGAUCUAUUCACUUGUCUUCCCACUGUAUGUUGUUUGGUUGGUUUGUAGGAAUUUUUCAUUCU